AUGACAUUAUUGCCAGUAGUAGCUGAAUGUCGAUAUGAAGUAAAUGCUAUUGAAUUAUUAUGCAAACGAUUCGUCAAUCAUUACGGUAUACAACCUGCAUUUUGUAUUAGUUCCUUGCAAGAAGCAUUGGUAUCAGCAUUUAAUACAACAAUGGUUAAAGAACGUCGUCCAUUACUCAUUUAUAUACAUCAUAACCUGAGCAUGUCGACUCAGAUGUUUUGUUUGAAUAUAUUUGGUUCAGAGAUUAUUGUCGAGUAUUUACUUGAGAAUUAUAUUAUCUGGCCAUGGGAUAUUACUGAAGAAUCCAAUAAAAAGAUAUUGAUCGACAUCUGGAGAGAAACAUUUUCCAGUCAUUUUGGCAUCGACUUAUCAAUGGAAGAAUGUCCGAUGCUUAUUGGUGUUAUGCGAAGAGCUUCAAGAGACAAUAAUUCAUUUUCAAUAUGUCCAUAUGAAUUUAAAAUACUACUCGAAGAUGAUAUUUUAAUGCAGACUAAUAUAAAAUUCAAUCGUGAUGCAUUCUUAGAUAUGUUGAUAACCUUUAAAGAAGAAUUUGAUGAGAACGAGCAGUAUCUUUCAUUUGACUUCAUGAGAAAGACCGGACUCUGUUUGGACGUCGUUCUUGAAAUAGUUAAAUAUUUAUCAUUAAAUGAUGUUGUUACUAUAUUUUCUAAUGACAUUCUUCCUUUAUUAGAGAAAUGUAAAAUGAUAUUGCCUAUUGUUGAACCUACUAAUAGAUUUAUGGAGAAUAUGAUUAAAAAUAUUAAUCGCGAACAAAUUAUUUCUUUACGUCUCAAAGGGAAUGAAAUUCGAUCAAUAAUGGAAUCAACUUCUUCAUCUAUUUUUCAUAAUGUAAUAGUCGUUACUCUUCUCAAUCUUCAACAUGUAAAUCAUGUCAAUGAAUUUAAAACACGUCUUCCCAAUUUAGCUGGUCUUUCUCUUCGCUAUGAUCACGAAGUUGAUUUUCAUAGUGUAUGUAAAGUUUUUAAUUAUAUUGAACAACCUAUGAAACGAUUCAAAAUUCAUUGUGGUUAUCUACGUUGUCCUCAUCGCCACAUAUCGAUAAUGCUAAAAAAAAUAAAAAACCUAAACGAAACUGUCGAAUAUUUUGUACUCAAUGUAGCUCAUGCUUCUAUGGGAUUUAUAAAGAAUUGUGCACAAUAUUACGCAACAUGUUUUUUGAUGGCAAUAACUGAUUUUAUAAAAAUUAUGCGAAAUGUUCGACACGUUGGUUUAAUUAUCGAUAGUAUCAAUGUUGAUAGAUUAUUCGAUGUCAAGGAAUGGACAAGUCUCGUAACGGCAUGUCAUCAAUUGGAGAAAAUAAGAAUAAAGAUAAUAAGAAAUACAUCAGAAGACAUACGAUUAACAGAAAAUAUUGAGAGAAUUCAGCAGGAAUUAUCUAAUGUACGACAAAAUAUCGAAUUUCAAGUGACAUUCAAGUAA